AUGUGGCACCCGUACAUCCUCGCCCAGCAGCAAGCUGCUCAAGCGCAAGCUGCUCAUAUUCUCGCUGCUCAGGCCCAGGCGCAAGCCGAAGCCAUUGCCGUGCAGCGGCAUGCCCAAUCUCAGGCGCAAGCCCAAGCUCAUGCUCACGCACAGCAGUUAGCAGCAAAGGAAAACUUGACCGAAGAGAAACUUCAAGAAAAAGCAAAGAAAUGGCUUCAAUUACGCUCGAAGCGCUUUGCCACGAAAAGAAAAUUUGGGUUCGUGGAUGCCCAGAAAGAAGAUAUGCCGCCAGAGCACAUCCGCAAAAUUAUUCGGGAUCAUGGGGAUAUGAGUUCGCGCAAGUAUCGUCAUGACAAACGUGUCUAUUUGGGAGCCUUGAAAUAUAUGCCACACGCUGUUCUGAAACUCCUUGAAAACAUGCCGAUGCCGUGGGAGCAGAUCCGUGAUGUUAGUGCAUUGUACCACAUCACCGGUGCUAUUACUUUUGUGAACGAAAUCCCGUGGGUGAUCGAGCCGAUUUACAUCGCUCAAUGGGGCACGAUGUGGAUUAUGAUGCGUCGUGAAAAACGUGAUCGACGUCAUUUCAAGCGAAUGCGUUUUCCUCCAUUUGACGAUGAAGAACCCCCGUUGGACUACGCUGACAACAUCCUCGACGUUGAACCGCUGGAAGCCAUUCAAAUGGAAUUGGAUUCGGAAGAGGAUAAACCUGUUUUAGAUUGGCUGUAUGAGCAUAAGCCGUUGGCGGAAUCGAAAUUUGUGAAUGGGACAACUUACCGACGAUGGCAGUUGUCUUUGCCUCAAAUGGCAACUCUGUAUCGUUUGGCAAACCAGCUCUUGACUGAUCUUGUAGAUGAGAACUACUUCUAUCUCUUCGACGUGAAGUCGUUUUUUACGGCCAAAGCUCUAAACUUGGCUAUUCCGGGUGGACCCAAGUUUGAGCCUCUUGUGAAGGAUCAGAGUCAUUUGGAUGAAGACUGGAAUGAAUUUAACGACAUCAAUAAAAUUAUCAUUCGCCAGCCGGUUCGAACUGAAUAUCGGAUUGCGUUUCCAUAUCUGUAUAACAGCAUGCCGAAGUUCGUUCAUUUGUCGUGGUACCACACUCCAAAUGUGGUUUACAUCAAAACGGAGGACCCUGAUUUGCCUGCUUUCUAUUUUGAUCCAUUGAUCAAUCCGAUUGCACAUCGUCAUGCUGUGAAGUCGUACGAGCCUGUUGUUGAAGAUGACGAGGAUUUCGAAGUUCCAGAAUUUUGCCAGCCCUACAUGCAAGAAUUUCCCUUGUAUUCGGAUAACACGGCUAACGGAAUUUCACUGCUCUGGGCCCCACGACCAUACAACCUCCGGUCCGGUCGUUCAAGAAGAGCUGUGGAUGUUCCUCUUGUCAAAACGUGGUACAUGGAACAUUGUCCCGCUGGAAUGCCUGUUAAAGUGCGCGUGUCAUAUCAGAAGCUUUUGAAAUACUUCGUGCUCAAUGCUUUGAAGCAUCGGCCACCGAAAGCGCAGAAGAAACGCUAUCUCUUCCGAUCGUUCAAGGCAACGAAGUUCUUUCAGUCAACCCAGUUGGAUUGGGUGGAAGUUGGGCUGCAGGUGUGCAGACAAGGAUACAACAUGUUGAAUCUUCUGAUUCAUCGCAAGAAUCUGAACUACCUGCAUUUGGAUUACAAUUUCAAUCUCAAGCCUGUCAAAACGUUGACUACGAAGGAGCGUAAAAAGUCCCGAUUCGGAAAUGCUUUCCAUCUGUGUCGCGAAAUCCUCAGACUCACAAAGUUGCUGGUUGAUGCGCAUGUUCAAUACCGACUGAACAAUGUGGAUGCAUUCCAACUUUCGGACGGGAUCCAGUACAUCUUCUCUCAUGUUGGUCAGCUGACUGGAAUGUACCGUUACAAGUACAAGUUGAUGCGACAAAUCCGGAUGUGCAAGGACAUCAAGCACUUGAUUUAUUAUCGUUUCAACACCGGAGCUGUGGGCAAAGGCCCUGGCUGUGGGAUCUGGGCACCUGCUUGGCGCGUCUGGCUGUUCUUCCUCCGCGGAGUCACGCCGCUGUUAGAACGAUGGCUUGGAAAUCUUCUCAGCCGACAGUUCGAGGGUCGUCAUUCGAAAGGUGUUGCCAAAACAGUGACGAAGCAGCGUGUAGAAUCCCACUUUGAUUUGGAGCUUCGUGCUUCUGUGAUGCACGACAUUCUUGACAUGAUGCCCGAGGGUAUCAAGCAGAACAAAGCCAAGACGAUCUUGCAGCACUUGUCAGAAGCGUGGCGUUGCUGGAAGGCGAACAUUCCUUGGAAAGUACCCGGAUUGCCAACGCCCAUCGAGAACAUGAUUUUGCGUUACGUGAAAAUGAAGGCGGAUUGGUGGACGAACACAGCGCACUACAACCGUGAGCGUAUUCGUCGAGGGGCGACCGUGGACAAAACUGUUUGCAAAAAGAACCUAGGAAGACUAACGAGAUUGUAUCUCAAGGCCGAACAGGAACGGCAGCACAAUUACCUUAAGGAUGGUCCGUACAUCAGUCCAGAAGAAGCUGUUGCGAUCUACACAACCACUGUACACUGGCUGGAGUCGAGGAGAUUUGCACCGAUUCCGUUUCCCCCAUUGUCUUAUAAGCACGACACAAAGCUGCUGAUUUUGGCGUUGGAGCGAUUGAAAGAAGCUUACAGUGUGAAGUCGAGGUUGAAUCAAAGUCAGCGCGAGGAGUUGGGCUUAAUCGAACAGGCUUACGAUAACCCUCAUGAAGCCUUGUCUAGGAUCAAGCGUCAUUUGCUGACGCAGCGAGCUUUCAAAGAGACUGGGAUCGAGUUCAUGGACUUGUACAGCCACCUGAUUCCGGUUUACGACGUGGAGCCGUUGGAGAAAAUUACUGAUGCAUAUUUAGAUCAGUAUUUGUGGUACGAAGCUGACAAACGAAAACUCUUUCCUCCGUGGGUGAAGCCGGCCGACUCGGAACCUCCGCCUUUGUUGGUGUAUAAAUGGUGCCAAGGAAUCAACAACCUUCAGGAAGUUUGGGAAACGUCGGACGGUGAAUGCAACGUUUUGAUGGAAACACAGCUAGAGAAGUUGUACGAGAAGAUCGACUUGACUCUGCUCAAUCGUUUACUGCGUCUGAUCGUCGAUCAUAACAUUGCCGAUUAUAUGACUGCAAAGAAUAACGUUGUCAUCAAUUACAAAGACAUGAAUCACACCAACAGUUAUGGUAUCAUCAGAGGAUUGCAGUUUUCCAGUUUCAUUGUUCAAUAUUACGGCCUCGUGAUCGAUUUGUUGAUCCUCGGGCUGCAAAGAGCUUCGGAAGUCGCUGGACCUCCACAAAUGCCGAACGAGUUCUUGACUUUCCAAGACACGGUUUCGGAAGUGGCGCAUCCUAUUCGACUGUACAGUCGUUACAUAGAUCGAAUCCAUCUAUUCUUCAGGUUCACUGCGGAUGAAGCCAAAGAGCUGAUCCAGCGGUAUUUGACGGAGCAUCCUGAUCCGAACAACGAAAACAUUGUUGGUUACAACAACAAAAAGUGUUGGCCUCGUGACUCCCGUAUGCGAUUGAUGAAGCAUGAUGUGAAUCUUGGACGGGCCGUCUUUUGGGACAUCAAGAAUCGAUUGCCUAGAUCCGUGACCACGAUCGCCUGGGAGAACUCAUUUGUCAGCGUUUACUCCAAGGAUAAUCCAAAUCUCCUCUUCAAUAUGGCUGGUUUCGAAUGUCGCAUCCUGCCAAAAUGCCGAACGCUGCAAGAAGAGUUCACGCAUCGCGAUGGAGUGUGGAAUCUUCAAAAUGAAAUCACCAAGGAAAGAACUGCGCAAUGUUUUUUGAGAGUUGACGAUGAAUCGAUGGGCCGAUUCCACAAUCGCGUCCGCCAGAUUCUUAUGGCCUCAGGCUCAACGACUUUCACGAAGAUCGUGAAUAAGUGGAACACGGCAUUGAUUGGGUUGAUGACGUACUUCAGAGAAUCGGUAGUGAGCACGCAAGAACUUUUGGAUUUGCUGGUCAAGUGCGAGAACAAGAUCCAGACUCGCAUUAAGAUUGGUUUGAACUCAAAAAUGCCUUCGAGGUUCCCUCCCGUUGUGUUCUACACGCCCAAGGAGUUGGGAGGUCUAGGCAUGUUGUCUAUGGGCCACGUGCUUAUUCCACAGAGUGACCUGCGGUGGUCGAAGCAAACUGAUGUUGGCAUCACGCACUUCCGGUCCGGAAUGAGUCACGACGAGGAUCAAGUCAUUCCCAACUUGUACCGCUAUGUCCAACCUUGGGAAGCUGAAUUCAUUGACUCACAGCGAGUUUGGGCUGAAUAUGCACUCAAACGGCAAGAAGCAAAUUCACAAAAUCGGCGCUUGACCCUCGAGGAUUUGGAGGACAGUUGGGAUCGUGGGAUUCCUAGAAUCAACACAUUGUUUCAAAAGGAUCGACAUACGCUGGCUUAUGAUAAAGGCUGGCGUGUGAGGACGGAGUUCAAGGCCUACCAAGUGCUGAAGCAAAACCCGUUCUGGUGGACUCAUCAGCGACACGACGGUAAAUUGUGGAACUUGAAUAACUACCGAACGGACAUGAUACAAGCACUAGGCGGAGUGGAAGGAAUCUUGGAACAUACGCUGUUUAAAGGAACUUAUUUCCCCACGUGGGAAGGUCUUUUCUGGGAAAAAGCAUCAGGUUUCGAAGAGUCGAUGAAGUACAAGAAGCUGACGAACGCCCAGAGAUCUGGUUUGAAUCAAAUUCCGAAUCGUCGAUUCACGUUGUGGUGGUCGCCGACGAUCAAUCGUGCCAACGUAUAUGUUGGCUUCCAGGUUCAACUUGAUCUCACGGGAAUUUUCAUGCACGGAAAGAUUCCAACGCUAAAGAUCUCGUUGAUUCAGAUCUUCCGUGCUCAUUUGUGGCAGAAGAUUCACGAGGCUGUUGUCAUGGAUUUGUGUCAGGUAUUCGAUCAAGAACUGGACGCAUUGGAGGUGGAAACUGUGCAGAAGGAAACAAUUCAUCCGCGAAAGUCCUACAAGAUGAAUUCGUCGUGUGCGGACAUUCUGCUGUUUGCCUCUUACAAGUGGAACGUUUCGCGUCCAAGUCUUCUCGCCGACUCGAAGGACACAAUGGACAACACAACGACUCAGAAGUAUUGGUUGGACAUCCAGCUUCGUUGGGGGGAUUAUGACUCGCACGACGUUGAACGUUAUGCCAGAGCCAAAUUUUUGGACUACACGACGGAUAACAUGUCAAUUUAUCCUUCUCCUACUGGGGUAUUAUUGGCAAUUGAUUUGGCCUACAAUUUGCACUCUGCGUAUGGAAAUUGGUUCCCGGGCUCCAAGCCUUUGGUGCAGCAGGCGAUGGCAAAGAUCAUGAAAGCCAACCCGGCGUUGUACGUGUUGCGUGAGCGAAUUAGGAAAGGCCUGCAGUUGUAUUCUUCGGAGCCGACUGAGCCGUAUUUGUCGUCGCAGAACUAUGGAGAAUUGUUCUCCAAUCAAAUUAUUUGGUUCGUCGAUGACACGAACGUUUAUCGUGUGACGAUUCACAAGACGUUCGAAGGAAACUUGACGACGAAACCGAUCAACGGUGCCAUCUUCAUUUUCAAUCCGAGAACAGGACAGCUGUUUUUGAAAGUCAUCCAUACUUCUGUGUGGGCUGGUCAGAAGCGUCUUGGUCAGUUGGCGAAGUGGAAAACCGCCGAAGAAGUUGCUGCUUUGAUUCGCUCUCUGCCUGUGGAGGAACAACCUAAACAAAUCAUCGUUACGAGGAAAGGCAUGUUGGAUCCCCUGGAAGUCCACUUGCUCGAUUUCCCCAACAUUGUUAUUAAGGGGAGUGAACUGCAGUUGCCGUUCCAAGCCUGUCUGAAGGUGGAGAAAAUUGGUGAUUUGAUCCUGAAAGCGACGGAACCGCAAAUGGUGUUGUUCAACUUGUACGACGACUGGCUGAAGACAAUCUCAUCCUACACCGCGUUCUCGAGAUUAAUUUUGAUUCAACGUGCGUUACACGUCAACACGGAUAGGACGAAGGUGAUCCUGAAACCCGACAAGGGAACCAUUACCGAACCCCAUCAUAUCUGGCCUUCUCUGACGGACGAUGAAUGGAUCCGCGUUGAGGUCCAGCUCAAGGAUCUCAUCCUCGCCGAUUACGGGAAAAAGAAUAACGUGAACGUGGCGUCGUUGACUCAGUCUGAAAUUCGUGAUAUAAUUCUUGGAAUGGAGAUCAGCGCUCCGUCCCAGCAGAGACAGCAGAUCGCAGAAAUUGAGAAGCAGACGAAAGAGCAAAGCCAGCUGACAGCCACGACGACGCGUACCGUCAACAAGCACGGCGACGAAAUCAUCACUACCACCUUGUCAAAUUACGAAACCCAAGCUUUCAGUUCGAAGACAGAGUGGCGUGUGAGAGCUAUUUCUGCGACCAAUCUUCAUCUCCGCACGAACCACAUCUACGUCGCCUCAGAUGACAUCAAAGAAGCUGGAUACACUUACAUUUUACCGAAGAACGUGUUGAAGAAGUUCAUUGUGAUUUCUGAUUUGCGUGCGCAGAUUUCUGGGUACAUUUACGGCUCGAGCCCCGCGGACAAUCCUCAAGUGAAGGAGAUCCGCUGCGUAGUGAUGCCGCCGCAGUGGGGCACUCAUCAGAGCGUAAAUUUGCCCCAUACUCUGCCAAACCACGAGUACCUCAAGGACUUGGAACCCCUGGGUUGGAUGCACACGCAGCCUAAUGAGCUGCCGCAAUUGUCGCCACACGACAUCACGACUCACGCGCGGAUCAUGUCGGAUAAUCCAGCAUGGGACGGCGAGAAGACCAUUGUCAUCACUUGCAGCUUCACGCCGGGUUCAGUUUCUUUGACAGCUUACAAACUCACUCCAAGCGGGUUUGAAUGGGGUCGAAGCAACACGGACCGGGGAAACAACCCGAAAGGGUAUUUACCCUCGCAUUACGAACGCGUGCAGAUGAUCCUUUCGGAUAGAUUCCUGGGAUUCUUCAUGGUCCCGGCGCAUGGAUCGUGGAACUACAAUUUCAUGGGCGUGAGACACGAUCCGAACAUGAAGUAUGACUUGAUGUUGGCGAAUCCGAAGGACUUCUAUCACGAAAUCCAUCGCCCGUCUCACUACCUGAAUUUCGCCUCGAUCGAGGAAGGGGAUGUGUCGGGAGCUGAUCGUGAAGAUGCUUUCAUGUGAGAACAUUUGCAUGUUGUGUGUUGUUUCAUUUGUAUGCUUGUUUCCAUUUCGGGCAAUUUGUUCUAGAGGUGAACAAAUUAAAAGCCUUUGUGACACGGAGAAA